GACAUGUUGAGGUUCGCACUUGCAUUGGUGAUCUUGGGGGCGGCCGCCGCCCAAUACACGCCACGAUCGGGCGACCAGUUGGUCAGCACAGUGUUGGACAAUUGUGCGGACAUCGGUUGUGUCAAGGAGAACGUUCUCGGUUAUUUGGACAAUGUGCUGGGCAUCCAGAGUGACGCCAGGAGUGCCAAGAACAUCGACGCAGCCAUCUACAAGAGGGUCGCCAGAGUGCUGAACACCCACGAAUUCAAGUUGCACGUGCCAAAUGUCCUCCUGGAGAACACCGACAUCGUCUACAACCCCGUCACCGGCUUGGACGUCAAAACCGAGGAAGAAUCCCGCGGCAUGGGACUGAAGAAGAAGCUCCUCUUCCCCAUCCUCCUGCUGUUCAAGCUGAAGAUGAAGCUGCUGAUGCCCAUCUUCGUCGCCCUCAUCGGCCUCAAAGCCAUGAAAGCCCUGAUCCUGAGCAAGCUGGCCAUCACCAUCGUGCUGGGCUUCAUCAUCUACCAGCUGUGCACCAAGUCCGGCAUGCCCAUGCCUAUGAUGUCGAUGACGCCGGCCGAACCGCCGGCACCGGUUUACGGCGCCCCCGCCGCCACGACGGCUCCGCCAAGUUCGUACGAACCGGGUUGGGAACCCAACCAGGGCGGUCCGUAUUCCAGGGUGUGGACUUCCGGCUCGAACGGCGACGGACAGAAUUUGGCCUACUCGGCCUAUUAUCCGGGCACGCCCGCCUCAUCCACGUCUAGUCCGUAAAUUUGAAUGACGUCGUCACCGAUUUAUUUAUUUCGUCACGUUUGGAUUAUUUAUUUUAUUUUGUAAAUAAAAA